AUUUAGUGCAAGAUACUAUAACGAACAUUAUGUGAAUGUCAAAAAUCAAAUUUGACAAAAAUCAAAUGUGAUAGUCAUAUAAAAUCAAGCAUUUUAUAUCUAUCGGAAAGGAAAACUGCAAUGCAUAGGAAUAUGGUAUGUGACGCUAAACUCUUGGAAUUCAACAAUAUACGGUAAUCAUCUGUUUAGCUACCCAACGUUUUAACUACUACGUAUUUAUGAAGACCUUUUAUAUUCCAAAUUAAAAUUUUGUCAUUCCUAUGAAAAGGCCGUGUAUCGAUCAAGUUAUCAACCAUUGCAUCUGGCUUCCUCAUUCCCUUUGUAAAGAUGCAGCAGUCAAACAGUCAAAAGGCCAUAUCCGCUCUAGAUGCAAAGCUGUCAAAAUUGGAGCGUUAUGGCCAGGGUGACGAUGUUGAGGAGCUCCGGAUCGAGCUGAGAUGGAUGAAGUGCUUUCUGUUUGAAGGCCAAAGAACAGCCCAAGGCCGAGCUAUAGCUGACUUUUGGUCUUCAGUCAUAGAACAACACGCAGUUGAUGCUCUAAAUGAGAAUGCGUAUCACUGCUACCCAGUUGACUACACCGUUAGAAGAUUUGCCAAGCUUAGGGAAAAACUGCAACCUUUUAUCACCUGCCUGUGGCAUCGUCCCUAGCCAAUCCUGUGUGUUUUUUGUUUGAUUUUGAAACCAGCUCUGCUGGAUUACUUGCGGAAUUGAUUUUAAUGUUGCCAUCAAUGUUCCCUUCACGCCAGCUUUUUGUAGCAUUCAUCAUGUUUAAUUUACACUGCACAUGUAGCCUCUUUAGGAAUUGUUUCCUAUUGGAGUGACAUUUACUUCCAUCCAUUUCCUCAACAUAGAAUACAUAAAUAAAUCAAAACAAUGAAUACUCUCUUUUGUGUAAUAUUGAUGAUCUUUUAUCAAAAAUGCAACCCUACAUUUUCAAAAAUUAAAUAGUUACCCAUGACUUUUUAUCACUCAUUGUUCGCUAAUAUUUUCUAAAUUAAAUUUAAUAUAACGUAACUCUAAAAUUCAAUGAAAUUUCUCUAUAAAAUUAAAUUUAAAGUAAAACAAAAUUUAUCAUCAUAUAUAUAAUUAUACUACGUAAGUCAAUGUUGUUGAUCGUUAUUUUUCUAGUUACUACUCGAUUAUGGAAUAAAUAUUAAUGAUGAAUGUAGUUAAGAGAAGACUCACAUGUAAUAUAGAAUAUCAUGAUUUUUUCUACUUUUUAAUUUUAAAAAAUAAAUAUCAUUUAAUAAUAUUAAAGGGAGAACUAUCAAAUAAGUCCUCGAACUAUUAUAAAAAGUGCAAAUAAGCCCUUUUAAAG